GUUACUACCUGUCUAGCACGAGAUAUCGCGUUUAGCUACCAUCCCAUUUAAUCGUAUCGGUUGUAUUAAAAUCGUCAGGCUUGUGAUUGAUGGGUUGUACCCCAGUUUUAAGGCGUGCUGUAUUGCCUUGAGUAUAUCAGAUUGACUCCCCGGUGCAGUACAGUUGUAUAUGGUUAUGAUCCAGAUAGAAUUUAAUGCCAAACAUGUGUGAUAUACUGAAACGUGAAUUCUCCUGGAGUAACUUCCAACUCUCUCAUCAAUACAAGACCGACUUUUACACGUCACAGUGGCGAUGGCACCCGUACAUCUUUUUGAUAUUUCGUGCCGUGACGGCGGCGUACACAAUAGCGUCUCUGUCCGCAGUGUUUGCGGAAGGAGGUGGAUCCCACAACAUCAUGGUCUACCUCACAAUUUGGACAUACCUGACUUUAACAUUGCAUUUCUUAUCAGCGGCCAUAUUGGCGUUUGUGUGUCACUGCACAAGCUGUGGUGACGAUCACACCAACAGUAUCGUUUUAACACAGGUUAAAAGUGAACCAAUUAAAGCGGUAAAUGUCUCCUUUCAAAACGAUAACGGUAGACAAAUGUCAAAUGGCAACAUUUCAACGGGCAAUUCAACAACAGCAAAUGAGGAAUCCGGAAAUACGUCACUGGCUGAAUCUAAUAAAUCACUACCGUGGUACUUCCAAACCUGUUGGUUGGUGUCAAUCGUUGCCCACCAUUUCACUCUGGUGGUGACGAUAGUGUAUUUCACGGCAUUAUUUCCGUUCAUGGGUAUUCAGGGCAUAGCUGUAAAUGAUAUCAACAUGCAUGGGAUCAGCACGGUCUUGGUCCUAAUAGACGUGGCCGUCAGUGCACGUCCUGUGCGCUUACUCCAUGUCAUCUAUCCAAUCGCGUAUGGCGUCGCAUACGCUACGUUCAGUGUGAUCUACUGGAGUCGGGAUACUGUCCACAAUGUCGUUUACGACAUCAUGGACUGGAACAAUCCGUGGCUGGCAGCAGGUGUGGUCAUUGGACUGGCAUUAGUCGUCGUCCCCCUCAUCCAACUGUUUCAUUUCGGGCUGUAUCGACUUAGGCUGAGUCUAUACGAUCGCAUUUAUAACACAAAGUGAUUACCGAUUUUGUAUCAGAGAGAUCUGAAAACAUAUCACACGAAGUGGUUAUUGUACCGGUGACGUAUAACACACAAAUAGAUUUCUGUACCGGUGACGUAUAACACACAAAUAUAUUUCUGUACCGGUGACGUAUAACACACGAAUAGAUUUCUGUACCGGUGACGUAUAACACACAAAUAGAUUUAUGUACCGGUGACGUAUAACACACAAAUAGAUUUCUGUACCGGUGACGUACGACCGCACAAGCAGAAAGUGAUUACUAUACUGUGAUGUAGGCCAUAAUAUACCACAGCAAGUGAUCAUUGUACCGGUGACGUACAACACAAAAAGUGAUUACUUUUCUGAUGACGUUUAACACACAAAUUGACAAUUGAUCCGCUAUGUCAUUUCAAGGAAAUAAUUGAUUAAUCCAUUAUAUUCCGACAACGCAAAUACUUCUACUAUCGUUUUUAUUCGAUGUGAACUUUUCUUUAAUUCUACGAAAUGGUGCCGUGACCAGGAUUUCUAAACCUUUACAAACAUUCCGUAUUCGGUGUGAACUUUUCCUAAAUACAUUGUAUGUUCAAAGCCGUUUCUAAUACGAAUGCAUGUGUUCAUCAUUACUUUGGUAAUACCGUGUGACAUCAAUACCAGUACUGAUUUGUGUGAAGAAUACAGUGACACGCACUGGUCAGACGUAGCGCCAUACAUCAUCUCAAUGGAACUUAAACGAUGUCUUUCAUUUGUGAAUGUGUUUUGGGGAUGUGAAAAUAAAACAAAAUCUGGGAAUUGA